GAAGAGUUUGUACGGGUAGGGUAACUCAUAGACAAGUAUCCUGUUGGCUGCGGAAGAUGAUCGAGUCAAGCAGCGCAGAAAUUGCCACAGCCGUCGCCCCGCGCGCGAGUCCUGUCAACUGCGCGGAUGUUUCAAAAGAAGAUGAAGACAGUGCUCGGGCCGAAGCGACGUUCCGUUUUACGGUGCAGAACAUAAGUCAGCUCAAGGAGCAAGUGCUAUCACCGCCAUGCUACGUGCGGUGUCUGCCCUGGAAGAUCUUGGUACUAAUCCGGCAUACUACCACACCGGACCGUCAACAGCAGAAAGCAUUAGGAGUGUUCAUUCAAUGCAAUGGAGAUUGCGACGCGCCGGGGUGGUCUUGUUAUGGGCUGGGAGAGCUGAAGCUAAUCUCCCACAAGGCCGAUGGCGAACACCUAAUUAGGAAACUACAUCACAUGUACCAUGGUAAAGAAGAUGACUGGGGCUUCGCACAUUUUAUCUCGUUUAAAGAUUUGAUGGAUCCAGACAACGGGUUCGUGAAAGAUGACUCGAUUACAAUAGAGGUACAUAUCCUCGCAGAAGCUCCCCACGGUGUUUCGUGGGAUUCCAAGAAACACACAGGAUAUGUCGUUCCUUGUUAUCCAGGUCUCAAAAACCAAGGUGCGACCUGUUAUAUGAACUCCUUGCUACAAACUUUGUUCUUCACAAAUGUAUUACGCAAAGCUGUGUACAAGAUCCCAACUGUAGGCGAUGACAGCUCGCGGUCAGUUGCCUUCGCACUACAACGUGUUUUCUACGAUCUCCAAUUUUCGGAUAAGCCAGUGGCCACCAAGAAAUUGACUAAAAGCUUCGGGUGGGAGACCAUGGACUCUUUUAUGCAACACGACGUCCAGGAGUUUCUUCGAGUGUUAUUAGAUAAGUUAGAAAACAAAAUGAAAGGUACGGUAGUGGAAGGCACGGUACCGAAGCUGUUCGAGGGCAAGAUGACGUCGUUUAUAAAAUGCAAGAAUGUUAAUUGCACUAGCACCCGCGCCGAGACCUACUAUGACAUUCAACUUAGCGUCAAAGGGAAGAAUAACAUCUACGAAUCAUUCAAAGACUAUAUCAGCUUGGAGCUCCUGGACGGUGACAACAAGUACGAUGCGGGCGAGCAUGGCCUGCAGGAGGCCGAGAAAGGCGUCCGCUUCGACAUGUUCCCGCCUGUUUUGCAUCUGCACCUCAUGCGCUUCCAGUAUGACCCGCAGAGCGAUGCUUCAGUUAAAUUCAAUGACAGGUUCGAGUUCUAUGAAGAGAUCAACCUAGACCCUUACCUGCAGGAGAUUCCACAGGUGCCAGCACACUACACCCUCCACGCGGUGCUGGUACACUCGGGCGAUAACCAUGGCGGACACUACGUCGUUUUCAUCAACCCAAAGGGCGAUGGAAAAUGGUGCAAGUUCGACGACGACGUGGUUUCGCGUUGCAGCAAGCAAGAAGCCAUUGAAUACAACUUCGGUGGCAAAGAGGAUGCGCCGCACCUCGCCCGCCGCGCCACUAGUGCCUAUAUGCUCAUCUACAUACAAACAUCGCAGCUGAAGUACGUCCUGCAAGACGUGACCGAGGGCGACAUACCGUCCGACCUGUGCGAGAGAAUCCAAGAAGAAAUGCGAUACGAGAUGGCCUUAGCCGGCUCUAAAUAUAAAGGAAGAUAAGACCACAAAAGAAGCUAAAAUUCAGUGAAAUUUUGUACUACUAAUUAUAUACAAAAGUUUUGAAAUUAUAAGUAUAUGCCGAUACUAAAAAUAUUAUUAACUUUAUAUUCUGCAUUUAUU